AUGUCCAGUAUUGGUCUAGACUCUACACUAGCGACCACGUUCAGCUCGAACCAGAGCGGGUCCAAUGAUUUUGUCAAGAAGCUAUUCCUCAUGUUGCAGGAGGAUAGCUAUAAAGAUAUUGUCAAGUGGACCGAGAACGGAGACAGUUUUGUUGUGCUCAAUACCAAUGCUUUCACCAAAGAGAUACUACCCCGUCAUUUUAAGCAUUCUAACUUUGCCAGUUUCGUAAGGCAGCUAAACAAGUACGAUUUUCACAAAGUGAAAGUGGCCAAUGAUGCCAGGCUGACGUACCCAUAUGGCGAGGAUGCGUGGGAGUUUAAGCACCCAGAUUUCAAGAUUAAUGAUCGAAACUCGUUAGAUAAUAUCAAGAGGAAAGGGCCAGGGAUUAAGAAACAGCUACAGCAGCAGCAGCAACUGCAAAAACAGCAAAACUAUCAUCAACAGCUACAUCAACAACACUCUAGUGUAAUCAACGGCAAGGUUGUAGCAGAGCACAGUCUAACGCAAUGCAAUCGCAACUGCGCCUACUUGAAGGAGCAGCUCAACCAGGUAAAAGAGAGUAAUCAGCAUCUUGUUCAAGAGAAUGCGAUGUUGCAGAAAAAGUACAAGACAUUAGUUGACCAUAUUGUUUCAAUCAACUCGUUCAAUGAGCGGUACUACCGGUCGAUGGGUGCGCUCAUCAAUGUGUUGGUACAAUCGGGGAUCAAGCUUCCUCCGUUGGACUUUCCGCCACCAAACAACUUUACCAGUCUGGCAAUAUCGCCACAUGGUUCUAUUGAUCUUGCCCAGGGGUACAUUCUUGAAGGGAAAGAAUGUGGUGGGGAUGCAACUGUAGCAGCACCAUCCACUGCAGCAGCAGCAUCCACUGUAGCAGCAGCAUCCACUGUAGCAGCAGCAUCUACUGGGACUAGUGAGUAUAUAGGGACGCCCCUUGCACCCACGUUCCAUGUGUUACUUGUCGAGGAUGACAAUGUUUGCAUUCAGUUGUGUCGCAAGUUUCUUGUCAAGUACGGGUGUCAGGUGACAGUAGUCACCGAUGGACUCAACGCCAUUUCCACGGUGGAACACACCAAGUAUGACCUAGUGUUGAUGGAUAUUGUGAUGCCCAACUUGGACGGCGCCACUGCCACCAGUGUGAUUCGAUCGUUUGACACCAAGACCCCGAUCAUUGCCAUGACGGGGAAUAUUGGCGACAACGAUUUAGUCACGUAUUUACAGAACGGGAUGAGCGAUAUACUAGCAAAGCCGUUUACCAAGGACGAUUUGUACUCGAUACUAUCGAAACAUUUAUUAAAAGAGGGAGAAGAGGAGCCGGCGAGUAAGAAGCAGAGACUAUGA